CUAAACGAUGCGGGAGCCGGAGAACUGCCUGUGGGGUCUUGAGGCCAGCGGCGGGAACUGGACAGGCAUCGUAGGGACUCUACAGUAUGAAAAGGCCGACUUCUCCAUGGACCUCACCCUGACGCCCCAGAGAGCAGCGAUAGUGGAGUACGGGAGGGUGUACAUCGGGGAAGAAAUGGCCAUCUUGUCCCUGAAGCCAAGGCCACUACCCGAGUAUUUAGCUUUGUUCAGGCACUUAGAAGGUACUGUCUGGGUCUCCAUGGUGGCCGGCGUCAUGGUGUGGAGCCUAACACUCUGGGUCUUGCUCAGAAUCGUACAAACUGGCGUGGAGUAGCACCCGAUGAAGCACUCGGGCACUUUUCUACGGGUGGGGCCUGCUGCUCGAGGACACGCCCUAUGACCCGCCCGAGGGAACACACGGCCUGGACAGCGGGGGCCGGGGAAGCAUGGUCCAGUAACACACUCAGUUAAAUUUACGAAAUAUUUUAUGAAAACAAAAUGCAAAGUUUAAUAAUGGCACCAAAUUUAUCAUUACCCAACAGCUAGACUGAUGAGUCAACAGUAAACAUUCAAAACUCUCAGUAAGUGACGUAAGUCAGACAGCAGCUUCAUAUUAAGCAAACUUAACAACUUUUUUUUACAUGCUGCCAAUAGCGCCUGCAAGC